CAGAGUGCAGAAUAAGGGACCCGGGGGCCCGGCGCCCGAAAGCCACUGGCUACCCGCAUAGCCCGCAGCCCACGCCGUGGUGCAGGGAGCCUGCAGGAAUCCUCGCUGCCCGAGGGCCUCGAGGGAAGGGAGCGAGGCGGGCGGCGCAGACUCCCCGGAGCCCGGCUCCGGGCUGGACGCUGUGUUUUCCGAGCUGCGGCUGGACUGCCUGGGAGUCCGACACCUAGCGCGCUCGGCUUUCCUGGGGACCUUUCCCAGAGGGCGUGCCGAGACAUGGAGGGCGCAGACCUGGCGGUGAAGCUCCUGUCCACCUGGCUGACGCUGGUGGGCGGCCUCAUCCUUUUGCCCUCAGCCUUCGGAUUAUCCUUGGGCAUCUCGGAGCUCUACAUGAAGAUCCUGGUGAAAACCUUGGAGUGGGCCACAUUACGAAUUGAGAAAGGAGCCCCUAAGGAGUCUGUCCUUAAAAACUCGGCGUCUGUGGGUAUCAUCCAAAGAGAUGAGUCACCCAUGGAGAAAGGGCUCUCUGGUCUUCGAGGAAGGGACUUCGAGCUCUCUGAUGUGUUUUAUUUCUCCAAGAAGGGAUUGGAAGCCAUUGUGGAGGAUGAGGUGACCCAGAGGUUCUCCUCUGAAGAGCUAGUAUCAUGGAACCUACUCACGAGAACCAAUGUCAACUUCCAUUACAUCAGUCCGAGGCUCACCAUAGUGUGGGUGCUGGGCGUCCUGGUACGCUACUGCUUCCUGCUACCUCUGAGGGUUACCCUGGCUUUCAUUGGGAUCAGCUUGCUGAUUAUAGGAACUACACUGGUUGGCCAGCUCCCAGACAGCAGUCUCAAAAACUGGCUGAGCGAACUGGUGCACCUGACCUGCUGCAGGAUCUGUGUUCGGUCCCUGUCUGGCACCAUCCAUUAUCAUAACAAACAGUACAGACCCCAGAAGGGAGGCAUCUGUGUUGCCAAUCACACCUCUCCCAUCGAUGUCUUAAUCUUGGCAACGGAUGGAUGUUAUGCCAUGGUCGGACAGGUUCACGGUGGAUUGAUGGGGAUCAUUCAGCGAGCCAUGGUUAAGGCUUGUCCUCAUGUCUGGUUUGAGCGCUCAGAAAUAAAGGACAGACAUCUUGUGACUAAGAGAUUAAGAGAACACAUCACUGAUAAGAAAAAGUUACCCAUUCUAAUCUUCCCAGAAGGUACCUGCAUCAACAAUACUUCGGUCAUGAUGUUUAAAAAGGGAAGCUUUGAAAUUGGAGGAACCAUCUAUCCAGUGGCAAUAAAGUAUAACCCCCAGUUCGGUGAUGCCUUCUGGAACAGUAGUAAAUACAACAUGGUGAGCUACUUGCUUCGCAUAAUGACCAGCUGGGCCAUUGUCUGCGAUGUGUGGUACAUGCCUCCCAUGACCAGAGAGGAAGGAGAAGAUGCGGUUCAAUUUGCAAACAGGGUUAAAUCCGCUAUUGCUGUACAAGGAGGACUGACCGAACUUCCCUGGGAUGGAGGGCUGAAGAGAGCGAAGGUGAAGGACACCUUUAAGGAAGAACAACAGAAGAAUUACAGCAAGAUGAUUGUGGGCAACGGAUCUCCCAACCUGGCGCUGGACUGAUGUACCGUGGAUAAACGUGGCUUCCCAGAACUGGCUUUCAAAAAGCAAAAAUAAUAUUGUUUUGUUGUGUUGGCUUUUUGCUUGUUUGUUUAUUGUUAAUAUUUUUCUACGUGGUGAUUGUCUCCGUCUUCAUGCCAGAGGCUGAACCUACAGUUGUCUUUUUUGACAUUUUUUUUUUUUUUUUUUUUUUUUACUGUGUUGGCUCAAUGAAUUGUAAGGUCAAUUCUUGAGUGGAAACACAGGCUUGUAAAAUGACAAUUGUUGAUUGAAUGAAAUCUUUGUAUGGAGAAAAAGUGCUUCUAGGGUAUGUUUGGAAUUUGUUAAUAGGAUAAUUCUCAAUAAUGAAACUCUAAUUUAAUUUCCCUUUCUUUAAUCUUUAUUAUUAUUUUUUAAAGACAGGGUCUUAUUUAUUUAGCCCGGACUGGCUUCAAAUUCACUAUGUAGCCAAGACUGGUCAAGAACUGACUAUCCUGGCUCUACUUCCCAAGGGCUAGGAUUACAGGCAUGUGCUAGCACACUUAGGUGUUGACUUCAGUACUAUAUAUAGUAAAUGGUGAAGUCAUCAUACCGUACUGCAUUCCUAUUACAGUCGCAUUCUGCUAUCAGGUUGAAAGGAAAAUGGAGGAUUAUUUUUAGGGAAAGGACAAAUUUGUGGUCACUUGAUCUGAAAGCAAUGGAAUGGAGAUUAUUUUCCGCAAGUCUCAGAGGACCAAUUGCUGAUUGGUCAGAUUCUUUUAAGAACGUGUAGGAGCGGUGUUGAUUGGUCAGAUUCUUUAAAGAACCGUGAGGAGUGGUGAUGAUUGGUCAGAUUCAUUUAAGAACCGAGAGGAGCGGUGUUUGUUCCCACAACGCAUUUCAUCCAGCCAGAGUGGAGAAAGAAAGCACUGUUAGCUUUUCUUGUUUGUAUGCUGAAGAUUUCUUUUGUCUUAUGAUUGUUAUUUUGUUUGUUUUGUUUUGUUUUUGUAACAAAAUGAAAUUUUCCAAGGGAAGGAGCCUUUAAGAAAAGAAUCACACUCUCUGCAGGCUGCAAAAGUGAGCUGGGGAGCCUGUCUCCUGUCCGCCCCACCCCCAACCUCUCUGCAGCGGUUUAGCCCCAAACUCCCAGCCUUGUCAGCAGAAAACUAAAUGGUAUAACUACCUUUUGGAAACUGAGCCUUAACCUUUUUAAAAGGGGAAACAAGCCUUCUCCGAGUCCAAUAGCAUGAGCUACAUCUGAUAGUGAUCUACUACUGCUGUGAGCUCUUGAGGCUAUUAGCUGAGAGCAAGCCUGUGUAGAAAGUGAACGGUCUUAUUGACUCUGAAUAAAUUUUAUAUUUUUAAACGA